AUGAUCGGCGGGAGCAUCGUGGGGGACGUGCUUUACAGCAUCGCCACGGGCGAGGAGGAAGGGCGCUCGCGCGCUCGCAUCCUCGCGUUUGCUGCUAAACGGUACCAAACAGCGGUGGAGCGCAACCCCCGGGACUACGACGCGCUCUACAACUGGGCGCUGGUGCUGCAGGAGAGUGCGGACAACAGCGGGCCCGAAGCGGGGCUGCAGGGGAAGGACGCUCUCCUGGAGGAGGCGUGCCGCAAAUACCAGGCCGCUAGUGUGCUGUGUGGCACGCUGCACGAGGUGAGGGGGGGAGAGGGGUGGGAGGCAGACAGUGAGGAGGUAGACAGAGAGGAGGCAGACAGAGAGGAGGCAGACAGAGAGGAGGUAGACAGAGAGGAGGCAGACAGAGAGGAGGCAGACAGAGAGGAGGUAGACAGAGAGGAGGUAGACAGAGAGGAGGCAGACAGAGAGGAGGUAGACAGAGAGGAGGUAGACAGAGAGGAGGUAGACAGAGAGGAGGUAGACAGAAGGAUGCACGAGGCCUUCUACAACUGGGCCAUUGCCAUUUCUGACCGAGCCAAGAUCCGAGGCAGGACUGCCGAAGCUGAGGACCUCUGGAAGCAGGCUACUCUCCCUGAGUUCACCGUUCACCCAACCCAACCACUCCGAAAUCCUUUCCCUCACUCCAAGUAUGAACGAGCAGUGCAUCUUUAUUGGGACCACCCUCCAGGCGCUCAACAAUUGGGGGCUGGUGCUGCUUCAUUGGGGGGGAGAGGCCAAGACGCUUUCUUCCAACCCACUCCCUCUGAGCUCGUGCACCUCUCUCAACCCCUCCCCACUCCCUUCACUCACCCCCAUCACCAGGCGUGCAGCAAGUACGAGCGGGCAGUGCAGCUCAACUGGGACUCGCCCCAGGCGCUCAACAACUGCCUUGCCCUCUGCUUGUCUGAACCCACCUACUUCACUCCACACCUCUCAACCCCUCCCAACUCCCACCCCGCCAGGCGUGCAGCAAGUAUGAGCAGGCAGCGUGCGUGCAGCAAGUACGAGAGGGCAGUGCAGCUGAACUGGGACUCGCCCCAGGAGCUCAACAACUGGGGGCUGGCGCUGCAGGAGGACGGGAAUGUGUAUGCUCCCAACCCACUCGCGCUGGGCUCGUGCACACCUCCCAACCCCUCUCAACUCCCUCUCCCCACCCCACCAGGCGUGCAGCAAGUACGAGAGGGCAGUGCAGCUGAACUGGGACUCGCCCCAGGAGCUCAACAACUGGGGGCUGGCGCUGCAGGAGGACGGGAAUGUGCGUGCAGCAAGUACGAGAGGGCAGUGCAGCUGAACUGGGACUCGCCCCAGGAGCUCAACAACUGGGGGCUGGCGCUGCAGGAGGACGGGAAUGCGUGCAGCAAGUACGAGAGGGCAGUGCAGCUGAACUGGGACUCGCCCCAGGCGCUCAACAACUGGGGGCUGGCGCUGCAGGAGCUGAGCACCAUUGUGCCGGCCAAGGACAAGCGCAAGGUGGUGCGCAAGGCCAUCAACAAGUUCCGAGCAGCCAUCCGCCUGCGAUACGACUUUCACCGAGCCAUCUACAACCUCGGCACCGUGCUGUACGGCCUGGCAGAGGACACAAUGAAGCAGGCCAAGAGCAAGACGGGGGUCAUGCCGGACCGCACCACCCACCCGGCCAACGAGGUCUACAGCCAGUCUGCUGUGUACAUCGCUGCUGCUCAUGCCCUCAAGGCCGAUUACCCCGUGUACCGCAAUGCUCUUCGGCUCGUGCGCACCAUGCUGCCCCUCCCGUAUCUCAAGGGCGGCUACCUCACAGUGCCACCUGGCGGCAACUCAUUGGCUCCCCAUGCGGAGUGGCUCAGGCUCUGGUUUGUGCUGGACCAUGAGCGGCUCAAGGAGGGCAAGAAGCCCGAGCCUAAGCAACCCCACAGCAACCUGACCUCCCGCCGCAACACAGCCAACUCCCAGACCUCUGUAACAGCUUCGAUCGUCCCCAAGCCUGAGCCCGCUCCCCCAACUGCUGCCGCACCUGCCGCGCCCGCCAACGCUGGAACCGCUGGUUCAGCUGCUGCCACGUCAGAUGGGGGAAGGUGGUCGUCGGAUGCCAUGGGUGGGCGGCCAAACUUGUCUUCUAGUGUGGAGGAUGCAGUUUCUGCACUGCCGCCUCCACCGAUUCAAGUGGAUAUUGGCCAGAUUGUGUCAGUGGAGGCUUGUGCUGAUCUCAGCCUGCCGGCUGGUGGAGGCAUUGUGCUGGACACUGUAGAUGGGCCAUUUUACAUGGUGGCGGACGAUUGGGACUCCAUGGAUGCUUGGGUGGAUGCAAUUCGUCUGGUGUACACGAUCUAUGUGCGAGGGAAAUCAGAAGAUCUUGCAGCAGUUCUCGCUGCUUAA